AUUCGCUCUCACUAUGGCUGAAUCGCCUGCUUCUCCCCUCUCCUCCCUCGCGUCAGAGGAGUUCCCUGAGGAGGUCAAGUUCGACGACCCAGGGCGCUCCCGUUCAAAUUCGCCUCCCCAGGCGCAUCCCUCAAAGCGCCGUAAGACUGGGGUAUCGACAUGGGACCACCAUACCCCAAUUUCUGUCAAUGACGACCUUCCACCCCCAUCUCCGGUGGCCUCCAUAUCAUCAGAUAGCUCCGGAGCUAUACCAAAUUCACCCGGUGCAAUGGCAAUACUAGGCCCUGAAGAAGACUACAGCGGCGCUGGGAGAGAUCACAUUACAGUCUGUCUUUGGGAGGGCUGCAAGGCAAAAGACUUUGGAGAUAUGGAUGCACUGGUUAAACACAUUCACAACGAGCAUAUCGGAUCUCGACAAAAGAAAUAUCUAUGCGAAUGGGGUGACUGUGCGCGGAAAGGACAGGCUCAUGCGAGCGGGUAUGCUUUGCGGGCCCAUAUGAGGAGUCACACCAAAGAAAAACCAUUUUACUGUGCACUACCUGAGUGUGACCGUAGCUUUACGCGCUCAGAUGCUCUUUCGAAGCAUAUGAGGACCGUUCAUGAUACUGAUGCCCUAAAAUCACUCGAUGCCCUCGCAAAACAACAUGCCAACCCGGCAACGGCUACCCUCCCUAAGCCUCCUCGAAUUAAACUGAAGCUUGCACCUCGCAGAGACAACGAUAAUGGCGAAAAACCGGACUGGUCAGAACCAAAAAGCGAUCAAAGCAAAGCAAAGGAGCCAAGUGACGCACCGAUUUUCGACCCAGAUAUUGGUUUUGAUGAACACGAGCUUUCAAUGCCAUUGGAUCGACUUGCGCGCCUGAUACGACGACAGAUCCAUUGGGCGGAACAGGAAUCUAAAACCCUGGAGAAAAACUGGGAGCUGAUCAAGCCACAAAGGUUACGGACAUGGAAAGAAAAGGAACUUAUUCUAGACGAUCUCAUCCAUAGUGAGAUUCGUGUUUAUGGCACUGCGCCAACCCCAGAGGAAGGGUGCUCUGGUGAGAAAAGACCCUCUAGCCGUGGUGGUGUACAUAAACUGUCGCCAAUGCCUGCCACAGCUGAUCAGAUGAAAGCUCCACCACCCCCGGAAAAGGGCAGCCCCGAAGAAACUGGUGCUGGGGAUGAGCAGUCAGAGCAGCUAGCACAGGCAUCCGAAGUGAAGUCGCACACUGAUGACGAUCGGAUGUAG